AUGGCUCUGAGGCGGCGUGUUCAGCAGAACCACAAUGGCAGCGUGGUGGGCUUCGAUGCUGGCGGCAGGGAGCUGGAUCUGCCCAUGGACAGCAGGAGGAUCCAGCACUUGGCCAACACGGUUGGGACGCUGCCCCGCGGGCACAAGCAGCUUGCCUUAACCAGAUCCAGCUCCUUGGGUGACUUCUCCAGGCCACAAAGACACCUCGUCGCGAUAUUAAAAGAAGAUAAAGAGAUGUUUGGGUUUGAAAUCCAGACUAUUCGAUUUCCACACCAAAAUGACGACUCCCUGGAGGUGUGCACUUGCAUCUGCAAAAUCCAAGAAGAAAGUCCUGCCCAUCUUUCUGGCCUUCAAAUGGGCGACAUCCUUGCCAGUAUCAAUGGCGUGAACACUGAUGGUUUUACUCACAAGCAGGUAGUGGAGUUGAUAAAGUCUUCAGGGAACUAUUUAAGGUUAGAGACUGUCAAUGGGGCCAUGUUUCUGCGGAAAAUGGAGCUGGAGACCAAGCUGCACGCACUGAAGCAAACCCUGCAGCAGAAAUGGGUGGAGCUGGGCGCUCUGCUCUCACAGGAACAGCGCUUGCUGCACGGGGAGGUGACGGACAACGCUCUGCCGGGUGUGCUGGAGCUGGAAGAGGCCGGCUGGCCGGGCGGCUGCAGCACGCCGGGAUCUCUCCUGGGGAAGCCUCGCUUCUCCAGUGAGAGCAGCUCGCGCAGCCGGCUGAGCUCCAUGACUGUGGACAGUGAAGACAGCUUCUACCAGAGCGGAGCCUUCGAGGACUCGGCUGCAGAGAGCCUGAGCCGCCAGUCCAGUGUGGACGAUGACUGCUUCUUCCCUAGGGAUGGGGAUGGUGCUGCCGGGAGGUCUUCCCUGCGGAGGAACCGCAGCAUCAGCCUGGCCAGCAGCGGGUCCAUGUCCCCGCUCUGGGAGGGAAGCAGCUGCACCAGUAGUUUUGGGACCCUCCCACGGAAAAGCAGGAGAUCCAGCAUCCGAAAGCAUCUGUUCAAAUUCAUUCCGGGCCUGCACCGGGCAGUGGAAGAGGAAGAAAGUCGGGUGUGA